UCUCUCUAAUCUCUUAGUUGUUGUUUUUAGUAUACUUGUCCUUGGGAUUUACUUUUUAACAGAAUUUCACAUUUUUCGACAUGGAUUUGCUCCUGGACUCUGGCUAAUUAUGACAAAUUUUUUUCUUCCAAUAUCCCCGAAGUCAAACACAAUCUUCCAAGCUCACCUUUUCAAAGAAGAAACAAGGAUCAAUUACCAUGUCUGUGACUGCUCUGUUCAGGGGCAAGUGGGGGCAGAAGGCACAGGAUGCCCAAGAAAAGCAUCCUGCAGCUGUGGUUCAACCGAGCAAUGAGGAGGACUAUGAUGAGGAUGACUCCAAAGUUGGUUUCAGCAGAGAGCCUAUCCGUAGGAACUCCCGCUUUUACCGGUCAAUGAGGAAGAAGAGGCUGGCUUCAUCCCAGCAGCCUGAAAGUUCUACAGGGUCUGGUUUGGACCACAGUCCAUCCAACAUGGCACAAGUCUCCUCUACUGCUCCUUUACCCCACAAGUCACCUUUGUUGCCAGGGGCUAGAUGCCCUCAGCGCUCGCCACAGCUCCAUCAUUCCAGAGCUGUGUUGCCAAGCAAUGGCGAGGCCAGCAGCAGACAUGCUCGGUACAACACUGAUGCUGUGGAUAGGAGAAGAGGAGGAGUGGGAGGAGGGAGGAGUGUGGACAUAUCUGCUGCUUUCAAUAGCCAGCACAGAGAUUUUACAGCUGACAUGAUCACUUACCGCACUCACAGCAUUCAAAGCAAAGAGAUAAAAAAUCUUUCUGAGCAAACAGCUACAGCUUGCACUGUAAAGGAGACCAGAGGAAGAACAAUGAACUCACAACAGCCCGAUUCUGACGGACCAGACCAGGAUAACAUCAACAUCAGGUUGCUGAGCAAUGGAGAACGCUCCCAGACAAUCGGCCACAGCCUGAAAAUCGUCAAAAACAUUGGUUUCCUGUACCAGGAAUACAGGGACACUUCUAAGCAGCAGGAAAUUGAACAACGACGGCAGCAAGAGAACCUUUCUCCUGGGAUCAAGACAGGGUCUGUGGUGGCAGGGUCUGGUGUAAUAUCUCCACCUGUGCUACAACUACAACUGAGGAACAGUGCUCAGUCACUGAGCUUGUGGCAAAACCUGGAAGCUGUGCAGGCAAGCGGCUUACUCACCCAGCUACCGCAUAAAGAAAUCAUAAUGCAAGAGGCCAUGUUUGAGCUUGUUACCUCAGAAGCAUCCUACUACAAGAGUUUGGAAAUUUUAGAGACGCACUUCCUGCGUAACCCUGCUUUAAUCAACACCCUCAGCCAAUCUGACAUGCAUUUUCUGUUCUCCAACAUCGAAGAAGUCAUGAAAGCGAGUGAAAGGUUCUUGAUGGAUCUUGAGCACCGAAUUGAGGAGUCUAUUUUGAUUUCAGAAGUGUGCGACAUUGUUUCUCACCAUGCAGUAGAACACUUCAGCGUCUUUAUUACAUACGUCAUAAACCAGGUUUACCAAGAGAAGAAUUACAGACGCAUUCUAGAGGGAAACCAGGCAUUUCGGGAGGCCAUGGCCACACUGGAGAACCAUCCACGUGUCAGGGGACUGUCCUUUACUUCUUUCCUCAUCCUUCCUUUCCAGAGGAUCACAAGACUCAAGCUGCUUGUGCAAAACAUCCUGAAAAAAGCUGAGGAAAACACUGACAGGGAAGCAAAUGCCAUCAAAGCACAUCAGCAGCUGGAGCAGAUUGUGAAAGAGUGCAACGAGGGGGUACGGAAAAUGAGCCGCACUGAGGAGCUUAUCAGCAUUGAGAAAACAUUGGAGUUUAAAUCCAAGUCUGUGCCCAUCAUUUCCCAUUCCCGCUGGUUGCUUAAGAAGGGUGAAGUGCAGCUGAUGGCUGGGCCUAAGAGUACUAGGACCAUGCGAAGUCGGAAGCUCUACCAGCCAGUCUACUUGUUUCUUUUUAACAAUCUGUUGCUGGUCACCAAGCGCAGUGGGGACAAGUUCCAGGUUCUUGACUCAUGCACCCGGGCUAUGUUGAGGACUGAAGAUCUUGAAGACCAGGGCCAGCUGCUGGCCAAUGUCUUUAAUCUCAAGCUGCUGGAGAACCAAGAGGAGCGUCCAGUUAGCUACAUGCUCAAGACUUCCAGUAUGAGUGAUAAGCUUCGAUGGAUGUGUACAUUGACUCCUAAUCGACGCACACGCUUUAUGUCUACCAGUGCCCACCAACCAGACUCUCCACAGGUGCAGUGUAUUCAGUCAUACUCAUCUCAGGAGCCAGAUGAACUCUCCACUGAGAUGGCCGAUGUUUUGAACCUCCUUGAGAGAACAGAUGAUGGCUGGAUGAUGGGUGAAAGACUUCAUGACGGCGAAAGGGGCUGGUUCCCUUGUCGAAUAGUAGAGGAGAUCCAGAGCAAGGAGGUCCGAGCUCAGAACCUGAGAGAGGCCUUUCGGAUCCAACAGGCGCAUGAAAGUGGAGUGGGCCAAACUGGAGCCAGGAGUGGUAUAAGGGCGGGAAGACGCACCCCAAAAGCCUCCAGCUUCUCCACUCCUUGGACUGGUCAAAUGGGGGACAGCAGUGAAGUAAAUCAGUGAAUCAGUCACAAAUAUGAAUGUCACUACUGAGAGCCAUAUGCACUAAGAGAAAAAAAAAAAUCAGGAUACAUGUCACUUCAUUCCUACACAAUGAAACUUGUCCCUUUGAUCUUUACAGCAGUGGAAUGUUUUAGAAAUCUCCAGUUUUGGUCUCAGUGAUCAGGGAGAAGUUAUCAAAGCGCUUCAGUCAAUAACCUUGUGCAAGCAAUCCUGCAUGUCCCAUAAAUGUGUGGUGAAGGUGUUUUGAGGCCCACAUACUGUGGUGUGUAAUGCAUGGACUGUUUGGAGCUGCAAAACCCCUUAAAUCCCUCAGCUGCAUGGGCAGGUUUUAAAACUUGUUGCUUUAAUUUAAUUGUAAAAUGCCUUUAAACACUGAAUUACACACAGAGCCACAUCAUAAACAUGCUAAUCUUUUAGGGCUAUAAGACAACAAUGCAGCCUUGAAAGAUCAAUGUGCUGUAGCUUAAGGAAACACAUGCAAAAACAUAAUCCAUAUGGCAACACAUGCACCCCAAAUAGAAAAUAUUCUGCUAAGAAAUCAAUCAAACACAAGAAUAAUCUGACAACUGGAAAAACAAACAAACAAAAAAAAAACCCCACAUCAAGCUACAGAAAAUACAACCACCUACACACAGCUCAACUAAAUACAGAAAUCAGAUUCAAAUACAGACAUGACCUGCAAAUACAAACUGGUACGAGAUCAGGAAUCAGUAAAAGGUUAACACUUGGUUAAAAUUAGGUAUCAACAAUAACAUCAAAAUCAUGCAAUCACAAUGUUAAAACUAAAACAAAACAAAACUGACUAAAACACUGGUUAGUUCUUGAGGUUCAAAGAAAGAACUUCACAAGCCAUGCACCGUAGCAUGCCCUAGGUGUGCUCAAAAUGUUUAGCACUUUUUAUCAUCCCAUGAAACGUUUUCUGUUUUCAAAAUCAGUCCCUUGCAACUCUGGCUGUGUACUUUGUUUUGGCAGUGCAUUUCUGUAUUUGGUUGUAUUUUUUCCCUUUGCAGCAUAUAUAAUUUAGUGCUGCACAUAUGCUGUCAAGUUGAUAAAAAUGUUUUCUUCUAUUGCAGUGCAUUGAGCUUUUAUGGCCACCUUAACAGUGUCUAAUAAAAUAAAUACAUAAAAGUAAAAAUUAAAAUCACCAAUGACUAUGUUUCUGGAUGUUCAGUAAAAGUCCAUUUAUUUCUAUACACAGCUUAAUCCUCAGUAGGGUUAGUUAAUCUAAGCAUGUCUGUAGACUGUGGGAAGCACUCAGUAAGAGUUCAGGAUAAGUGAAUCAGUUUAGGUGAUACUUCACCCAAAAUGUAUCCUUUGAGUACAAAGGACUCAGAGAAAGAUUUGUUAAUAUUUAGCGAGUUAGCACAUUCAGAUAGGUAGGAUGUAGCAGAUUUACUGGCCCUCUCACUCACACUGCCCUCUUAACCCCAAUCUUGCAAACCCCCUCUCUCCUCCCUUGUCCUGUGCAGGAGCUCAAAUGUGUAUGGGAGGUACUGGAACAGUGUUUUGCAGAACAGCGUGAGGUCGCUUUGUUUUACAUUUAUAGAACCAGGACCUGUGUACAAACACUAGAUUUUCUUCAGUGCCAAAACAGAACAGACAGCUUGCGGUCCAUGAGACUAUAUUCAAGUGCAAUAUUUUCUAAGGGCCAACCCACUGGGUUGGUGGAGAGACACAGAGACUUCAUAGAUCUGCACAUUCCAAAGAAAGCAUUCCAUGGAGAACUUCUAAAUAUAGAGCUUCUACACACAGUGAUGAAUUUUUAGGGAUUAUAUUUAUUACAGAAGAGGGAUUUCAAAAACAUCUUCAAAUUUUGGUUCCUCGGCAACCUUAUCCUCUAACUCU